GAGCCCCUCCCGCCUUCUGGACCUUUCUGCCGCGGGCUCCCGCUGCCGCUUUCUUCUUUUAUUAUGUUUUUAGGGGUCCUUUGAAUCUCGACACCCCGAAAGCCACGCGCAGCCCCGGGGAGGGCCAGAGAAAAGCCUAGAAGAAGAGAUGAGUUUCUCCUUUUGCGGCAACAACAUUUCCUCCUACAACAUCUACGAUGGCGUCUUGCAGAACCCUUGCUUCGUGGACGCCCUCAAUCUGGUCCCGCAUGUCUUCCUGCUCUUCAUCACCUUCCCCAUCCUCUUCAUUGGGUGGGGCAGCCAGAGCUCCAAGGUGCAGAUUCAUCACAACACCUGGCUGCACUUCCCCGGCCACAACCUGCGCUGGAUCCUCACCUUCGCGCUGCUCUUCGUGCACGUGUGCGAGAUGGCCGAGGGCGUCGUGGUCCGACUCCCGGCGGGACUCCAGGCAUCUGCACCUGUUCAUGCCGGCGGUGAUGGGGUUUGUGGCCACAACCACAUCGAUAGUCUAUUACCACAACAUCGAAACAUCCAACUUCCCUAAACUCCUUCUAGCCUUGUUCCUGUAUUGGGUGAUGGCCUUUAUUACCAAAACAAUAAAAUUGGUCAAGUACUGGCAGUCAGGGUGGGGCGUGUCCGAUCUCCGCUUCUGCAUCACGGGCAUCAUGGUGAUCCUGAACGGGCUGCUGAUGGCCGUGGAGAUCAACGUCAUCCGGGUCCGAAAGUACGUCUUCUUUACGAAUCCCCAGAAGGUGAAGCCGCCCGAAGACCUGCAGGACCUGGGCGUGAGAUUCUUGCAGCCCUUCGUGAAUUUGCUCUCCAAAGCCACGUACUGGUGGAUGAACACGCUCAUCAUCUCCGCUCACAAGAAGCCCAUCGAUCUGAAAGCCAUCGGGAAGCUGCCCAUAGCCAUGCGGGCGGUCACCAAUUACGUCUGCUUGAAAGAUGCCUAUGAAGAGCAGAAGAAAAAAGUAGCAGAUCAUCCGAAUCGGACCCCGUCUAUCUGGCUGGCGAUGUACAGAGCUUUCGGCCGGCCCAUUCUUCUGAGCAGCACGUUUCGCUACCUGGCCGACCUUCUGGGCUUCGCGGGUCCUCUCUGUAUUUCCGGCAUAGUCCAGCGCGUGAACGACACACAGAACAGGACAGUCAACACCACCGGCAUUUCAAAAACCCUCUCCUCCAAGGAAUUUCUUGAGAAUGCUUAUGUCUUAGCUGUUCUGCUUUUCCUGGCCUUAAUUCUGCAAAGGACAUUUUUGCAAGCAUCCUACUAUGUGACCAUACAAACGGGCAUCAACCUCCGCGGCGCCCUGCUGGCCAUGAUCUAUAAUAAAAUCCUGAGGCUCUCUACUUCGAACUUGUCCAUGGGUGAAAUGACCUUGGGCCAGGUCAACAACCUGGUUGCCAUAGAAACCAACCAACUCAUGUGGUUCCUCUUUCUGUGUCCCAAUUUGUGGGCAAUGCCUGUCCAGAUCAUCAUGGGGGUGAUUUUGCUCUACAACCUGCUUGGAUCCAGUGCCCUGGUUGGAGCGGCUGUAAUUGUCCUUCUUGCUCCCAUUCAGUACUUCAUUGCCACAAAGCUGGCAGAGGCUCAGAAAAGCACGCUUGAUUAUUCCACGGAAAGACUGAAGAAGACCAACGAGAUCUUGAAAGGCAUCAAGCUGCUGAAGCUGUACGCAUGGGAACACAUUUUCUGCAGAAGCGUGGAGGAGACGCGUCUGAAGGAACUGUCCAGCCUGAAAACCUUCGCGCUGUACACAUCUCUGUCCAUCUUCAUGAACGCCGCCAUUCCUAUCGCAGCCGUCCUUGCUACGUUCGUGACACACGCGUACACCAGCGGCAACAACCUGCAGCCGGCCGAGGCCUUCGCGUCGCUCUGCCUCUUCCACAUCCUGGUGACCCCGCUCUUCCUGCUCUCCACCGUGGUCAGGUUCGCCGUGAAAGCCAUUGUCAGUGUGCAGAAGCUGAGCGAGUUCCUGCUGAGCGACGAGAUCAGCGGCCACAGCUGGAGGGCCGGGGAGGGCGCGCUGCCAUUUGAGUCGUGCAAGAAGCACACGGGCGUGCAACCGAAAACGAUCAACAGGAAGCAGCCGGGAAGGUAUCACCUGGACAGCUGUGAGUCGCGGCACCUGCGCUCGGUGGAAACAGAAGAUGUGGCCAUAAAGGUCACCAAUGGGUUUUUCUCCUGGGGUAGCAGUGUUCCUACAUUAUCCAACAUAGACAUCCGAAUUCCAACUGGUCAGCUCACGAUGAUCGUAGGCCAGGUCGGGUGCGGGAAGUCUUCUCUUCUCCUAGCCAUUCUCGGGGAGAUGCAGACUUUGGAGGGUAGAGUUCAGUGGAAUUAUGUAAAUGAAUCUGAGUCUUCUCUUGAAGGAAACAGAAGCAGGAGCAGGUAUUCCGUGGCUUACGCCGCUCAAAAGCCUUGGUUAUUAAAUGCCACUGUGGAAGAAAACAUUACCUUUGGGAGCCCUUUCAACAGACAGAGGUACAAAGCUGUCACCGACGCCUGCUCUCUUCAGCCGGAUAUCGAUCUGUUACCGUUUGGUGAUCAGACUGAAAUCGGAGAGAGGGGGAUCAACCUGAGCGGGGGUCAAAGGCAGCGGAUCUGCGUGGCCAGAGCUCUCUAUCAAAACACCAACAUCGUGUUCUUGGAUGACCCGUUCUCGGCCCUGGACAUCCACCUGAGCGACCACCUGAUGCAGGAAGGGAUCCUGAAGUUUCUCCAAGACGACAAGCGGACUCUGGUGCUGGUGACACACAAGCUGCAGUAUCUGACUCACGCGGACUGGAUCAUCGCCAUGAAGGACGGCAGCGUGCUGCGGGAGGGGACGCUGAAGGACAUCCAGACCAAGGACGUGGAGCUGUACGAGCACUGGAAGACGCUCAUGAACCGCCAGGACCAGGAGCUGGAGAAGGACAUGGAGGCUGACCAGACCACGCUGGAGAGGAAAUCUCUACGCAGGGCCAUGUAUUCAAGAGAAGGCAAGGCUCAGAUGGAGGACGAGGAUGAAGAGGAAGAAGAGGAGGAGGAGGAGGAUGACAACAUGUCCACGGUCAUGCGAUGCAGGACCAAGAUGCCCUGGAGGACCUGCUGGUGGUACCUGACUUCCGGAGGCUUCUUCCUCCUCUGCCUCAUGAUCUUCUCCAAGCUGCUGAAGCAUUCUGUGAUCGUGGCCAUCGACUACUGGCUGGCCACCUGGACGUCCAAAUACAGCAUCGCCAACACCGGCAAAGCCGACCAGACCUACUACGUGGCGGGGUUCAGCAUCCUGUGUGCCGCGGGCAUCGUGCUGUGUCUGGUGACCUCGCUCACCGUGGAGUGGAUGGGGUUGACCGCAGCCAAGAACCUGCACCACAAUCUGCUCAACAAGAUCAUCCUCGGGCCGAUCAGGUUUUUUGACACGACCCCCCUGGGCCUCAUUCUCAAUCGAUUUUCAGCCGAUACGAAUAUCAUUGAUCAGCACAUUCCGCCCACCCUGGAGUCCCUGACGCGCUCCACGCUGCUGUGCCUGUCGGCCAUCGGGAUGAUCUCCUACGCCACGCCCGUGUUCCUGGUGGCGCUGCUGCCGCUGGGCGUGGCCUUCUACUUCAUCCAGAAGUACUUCCGCGUGGCCUCCAAGGACCUGCAGGAGCUCGAUGACAGCACACAGCUGCCCCUACUCUGCCACUUCUCAGAAACCGCCGAGGGGCUCACCACCAUCCGAGCCUUCCG